UACAAUGGCAACUGCCAGACUUGAGGAAGGACCUGGGAGUUCUUUGCGGCAUGACAGUGCCUAACAUUCAAAGAGCACCGGCAAAGUAUUACUUCGGACGAGCAUGCGAGAAGACGGCCAAUGAUUGGUCCUCGUGUGCCAAACAGACCAGCACCCUCUUGCGCAGAGAGACCCAACGGCGCCGGUUCACCGUCUGUGGUCCGAUAAACGGGGAUCGGCUGAAAAGACCCGCACGCUCGGGCGCAGGCAAGAAAAAAAAAGCGCCUCGGAUCGGUGGUGCAGAGGCUGUUUGUGUGAAUGACGCUGUGCGAGCUGGAUUCUUUUCCAUGUCUUGCUUACAUAUUAAGGCUAUAUUAUUAAUAUAA